GUUACUUUUUGGCUGAAAACUUGAGAGCCGUGAAUCGUUAUUCACCUGAAAAUAUGCAUACCUGUUUAGAAGAACUUGCUGCAGAAGGAGAAAUUGCCUUGGAAGAAAUACCAACAGUAAAAACUAUCAAAGG